CUCUCUCUCCCUCUCUCUCCCUCUCUCUCUCUCUUCCAAGAUUCAGUGCAAUGGUGAAUUGAAUUUCAGGGCAAAGAUCAAAAUGGAGACAAGAAAGAGAUUUUCGUACAGGAAGAUUUACGUAGCAUAUGGUUUUCUUAUAAGCCUCAUUGGCAAUGGGAAUUUUGCUACUGCUCUUUCAAUCACUGUAACAGAUUUGGAAUGUGUCUCCGAGCAAGUUUUGUAUGAGGGAGAUACCAUCUCCGGAAACUUUGUUGCUAUCGACCAUGACAUCUUCUGGAGUUCUGAUCAUCCCGGUAUCGAUUUCACUGUGAAGACUCCUGGAGGUACCACAGUGUUCUCUCUAAAAGGAACAUCGGGGGAUAAGUUUGAGUUCAAGGCGCCGCAGAGUGGAAUCUACAAGUUCUGUUUUCGCAAUCCGGUUUCAACUCCGGAGACUGUAUCUUUCUACAUCCAUGUUGGCCACAUCCCAAAUGAACAUGACUUGGCUAAAGACGAACAUAUGGACCCUCUUAAUAUCAAGAUUGCUGAGCUGAGGGAGGCAUUGGAGUCUAUAACAACAGAGCAAAAGUACCUUAAAGCACGAGAUGCCAGGCAUCGAUAUACAAAUGUUAGCACCAAAAAACGUGUGAUCUACUUCACACUUGCAGAGUACAUUGUGUUUGCUGCUGCAAGUGCCCUUCAAGUGGUGUACAUCCGCAAUCUGUUCAGCAAGACGGUUGGCUACAACAGAGUUUAAGCUUCCUCAUUUUCCUUGAUUAAUCUUUUUUUUUUCUUCUUAUAAAUUCAUAAUAACUAUCUUGUUCUCUCUUUUUCUCGGUAACUUUUGAAACUUCAGCUAAAUAAGGCAAACUUACUUAGCACAUUUCAAACACUUCAACACACAAAUUUUCCUUUCCGUUUCAUUUUCAA